UCCCAUUUAACCCUUAAAAAUCCCACUUCGAAUAAUUCGCCCUGCCGUUCUUCACAAUUUGUACUGGGGAGUUUUAUAGAGAACAGUUUUAUGAAGAACAGAAAGCAAGCCUGGUCAGUAGAGGAGACUGAGAAGUUGUAUGAAGUGACAGUGAAGUGUAGUAGUAAUGUUAAUGAGAUUUUGAAGUAUUUUCCGGGGAGAAGUAAGUUUGCGGUGAAGAAGAAGUUGCAGAAUUGUAGGAAAGAGUUUGAGAAGAGGAAGAAGCAGGAUAGGAAGCGGAUGGAGCAGGUAGAGAGGCUGGUAGAGGAGGCUGAAGGAGGGGAGAUUGAGCAAAGAGGGCUGAAAGAGAAGAUGGAUGAGGUUAAGCAGCAGAUUGAGCAGAAACAGAUUCAGAAGCGACAGGCUCAGCUGCAGCAGCAGGCUCAGCAGCAGAAAAUUCAGAAGCAACAACAAAUCCAGCAAAAACAGAUUCAGCAACAACAGAUUCAGCAACAACAGAUUCAGCAACAACAGAUUCAGCAACAGACUAAACUGCAACAAUAUCAAAAUGUAAAGAGUUUAUCUGGAGUUCAACAAACUGAAUAUGCUUCUGUAAAUUCUGGACCUUCUCCUCAAUCCCAAUCAGUUUUAAAUCCUCCAACUUGGACAAAACAAAAAGAAGAAGAUCUUUGAAAUGAAAUAUUUUCAAUCGCUGGUGCUAGCCUCCCAAAAAUUUACUCAAAUUUCAAUGAAUUUGAUGCUAAUGAAGUUUUUAAAAAGUUUCUAGAGAUAAAAAGAAGAUGUGAAUCUCAUAAGAAACAAGAUGAGAGUGAAAGUGCCUCGAUUCCUCUGAACCAAGCAAACAUUUCACAGUCAGUAAUACAAAACCAGCCUCUUAGAGCCAUUGAAAACAUACCUUCAGCACCAGUAAUUUCCCACCCUACUCAAUCUCAAUCCAAAAAUCCUCCAAAAAGGUCAAAAUCAUCACCGCGUCUUCCAAAACCUUCAAUCCAACCCAAGCCUAAACUCUCCAAAAAGAUCACUCCAAAGGUUCAAAAGACCCUCAAACAGCUCAAAAGGUCCCAGACUCCUUCACCAGCACCAACCACUCAAAUUCAACAGUUGAGCUCUCAGGAUAAUUUGCCCAAUCUUCAGAAGCUAGUAUCACUUCUGCAGAACUGCGAGGACGAUACUCAAAAACAACUCCUCGUCCACUCUCUCCAGAACAUAGCACUUGGGGUUACUGGAGAGCAGACCAAUCUGCUCCAAGACUUAGUUAAAGUGCAGAACUCUGAGGCUGAAAAGCCACUCCCCAUGAACAAGAAAAGGUCAAGGACCUCAGCUAAAGGAAAAAAAAGCCAAAGUGACUCAAGAGAGCCCCAGAAACAGUCUAUCUCUAGUUUAGAAGACUCUAAGAAGCAGCAAACCAAGAGAAAAGCUAAUAAGAGACAGAAUAAGGCUGCAGAUAAGGAGGAAGAGUCUAAACUAGACUUCUUCAACCCUCCUAUGCUAGGAGAUUGCCAAUCUGCUCAAGAUCCGAAAGAAUUAGUCUGCUUAGACGAAGAGCCUGUUGUUGAUGAAGAUCCAAAAAAAGUCGCCAAAAUUGACCCAAAAUCUCUCUCACUUGGUGAGAACUGGACUCAUGAUCUCCAAACACAGCUUUUCCAAAUCUACAAAGAACUUGGAGAAGACUGGGAAGGCAUUUCAAAGAUCCUACAAAUCUUUGGCCCAAAAGAAGUGAAAGAUAGAUUCUUUGCUCUUUGUAGGGAGAGAGCAAAAAUAUAUCGAGAUUAUGCAAACAGCUUGCCCAAGAAUUCCAAAAAGAUCAACAGAAAGUACUUCUGUAGAAACCCUAAUAAAGCAAAGAAAAAUAUCCUUCUCAAGUUUGCAGAUUUACUUAUGAAAGAUUUCGGAGUGGAAUCAGAUUCCUAUGAUUCAGAGUCUCUUCCUCAAACUUUAGAAGAAGAGAAUGAGCAAGAAUGCGAGAAAUUAAUCAGCGAGGGGAUCAACUUUAACCUAGAUAGCAUGAAUGAAGAAGAGUUCAAAAAUGCUAUGAGCCUCAUUUCAUCUAUAAACACUGCUCAAAAGAAGAAACUCGAAAAAUCUAUGAAAAGAAAGAGCGGUAUAUCUCUCCCCCAAAAGCCGCAGACCCCCUUAGAACUCUCUUCCGGCGACGAAGAAAAUAUCACUGACCAACAAGCCCUGAACAACAUCCAAGCCAACAAAGAAUUCCUCGCAAAAAUUCUCCAAAAAUUCCUAUUUUCAAUUUUCUUCUAA